GUGGGAACUGGGAGAGGUCACGUGACCGAGUCAACGAUCCAAAUAUGGAGCGCCGGUUGAAGCUACUUGCCCAUACAUGGCGUUUCCGUCCGUGACGUCGCUCCUUAAACGGAAAAAGAAGGCGGUGCCGCGGUGAUACAAAUAACAGCCUGACACUUCCGGCUCCGCAGUAACACAACUGCUGCAGUUCACACAGCGACAUGACCGAGCUACAGGGGUUAUUUACCGCACUAACGGGAACACGUACAAUCAGAUCCGUUUUUUAGGUCAAGAAAAAGAAAAAAAAAGAGUUUAUAAAAGUUUUUAAAGGACGUUAUAACUAUUUAUUUUCACUAAAAAAUCUUCUUUUCAGUGUUUAUUUAUUUAUUAGUUAGUUUUUUUAACAUUACUUACUUUUAUAAAUUGAAUUAAAUUACAGAAAAAUAUUAAAGAAUUAAAAAAAUACAUAAUAAUAAUAAUAAUAAUAAUAAUAAUAAUAAUAAUAAUAAUAAUAAUAAUAUAAUGGGGGUUAUCGGAGAACCGGUUGAAAUCACAAGCGAAGAGCUCGUGCAGAUGCUCGUGACACCGGAGAUCAGCGGGGCGCUGCUGCUGCUGGACUGCCGUCCGUUCCUUGCUUUCUCGCGCGCGCACAUCUGCCGCGCGCACAACGCCGCGUGGAACUCGCUGCUGCGGCGCAGGUGCAGCCGUGGCACGGAAUCCGGCGCGCGCCUCGACUGCCUGCUCGCCGACAGGUCUCUGCUGGGGCGCGUGCGCACAGGGGAGUUCCGCCAGAUCGUGGUGCUGGACGAGAAAAGCCGCGCGGUCACCGAGCUGGAGCGCGAGAGCAUGACGGGUCUGGUGCUGUGCGCGCUCCAGAGAGAGCUGCACGCGGGCACGGCGCGGAUCUGCUUCCUGCAAGGUGGAUUCGAUGGUUUCUUGGCGCUCUACCCUGAGCUGUGUAUCAGUGCACAGGAUGUUUGUGGGACUCAAACGACGCUGAGCGAGUCAGAGCAACGAGUCUCCGGCAGAACAACACCUCUUUACGAUCAGGGGGGUCCUGUAGAGAUCUUGCCCUUUCUGUUUCUGGGCAGCGCUCAUCAUUCGUCUCAGAGGGAGCUGCUGAGGCGCUGCAACAUCACAGCCGUCCUUAACGUCUCCUCGUCCUGCCCCAAUCUGUUUGAGCAUGAGCUGAGCUACAUGACCCUGAGGGUGGAGGACAGCAUGGCGGCGGACAUCCGAGUGCUCUUCCCAAAGGCCAUCCACUUUAUCGAUUCAGUGAAAGAAAGUGGCGGUCGAGUUCUGGUCCACUGCCAGGCCGGCAUCUCCCGCUCGGCCACAAUCUGCCUGGCGUAUCUAAUCCACGCCCGCCGCGUGCGCCUGAACGAGGCUUUCGAGUUCGUGAAGCGCCGACGACAGGUCAUCUCCCCAAACCUGGCCUUCAUGGGCCAGCUACUGCAGUUCGAGACAGACGUUCUGUGUCCUUACACGGUUCUGGACACGGAGGAUGGCGCCACUGCAUUUCAGUACCUCUGCACAGACAACACAGACCUUUCAUGACUUUUAUCGAGACUGUCUGAUUGCUGGGAUUCCCUUCGUACUGUGACACGUGGCUCGCUUUAACGAUAUUUGACCACAAACAUUUCAUCGUUCAGUCCGUCAUACACAUUCGUUCGCUUUACGGGAUUCUCUUGAAUCCACAGGAUGAGCCAAAUACAAUGUGUAUGUAUCUAGUCUACAGGCUAAAGUGCACUAAGCAACUACCUGCACAAGACUUUGACACAAGGUGUGUGUUAAACCCAUCUGAGAUCAUCGGGUCAUUUUUAUGUAUUCACUGGGGCCCAUCAAACUAAUCAGCACAGAAUACUAAUGCAUAUGAUGAUGAAUACAACUCUGAGAAAUGUUGCUAACACGUCUAAAAAUCUUCAGCUAGGCUCGAGCGAUAUAACAAAAACAGUAUAUCCAUACGACACUCAAAUAUAUUUCAUGUAUCGAGAUAUUUCAUUUAGCGAACAAAUCAAUACAGACAAAUGACAAACUUUAUCACUAAUCAUUAUCUGUUUCCAAAGCUACGUUGGGCCAGUGUUUUAGAGGUGCUUUAAAAAAUUCAUACCCAUAUUCUUGUGAUUUCUGGUCAUAGAUCACAUGAAUCAUUUCACCAUAUUGCUCACUCUUCAAGCCAACGUCAUUCGUAACACUUCUUGUGACAAAGUGUGGAAUUCCACCAUGUUGAUUUUGCACCAAAAGUGUAGCCUUGUAGCUACGUGAGGAUUUUCGUGCCAUCUCAAAACAAAACACGCUGGUUUUGGUUUUGUAUCUCAUACAAUUUUAAUCCUGUGGAUUUCCAAGUCAAUAUCAAACAGCGAAUCAGCUAGCUAGCCGAUGCUAGUGCCGAUCACUUAGCCACUACAUUCUCUUCAAGUGGCCUGAUUUCUGUGACUACUGAUGUAGUACCGAAUCCGUCGCAGAUGAGUCGAACAAGCGGACGAGGCGACGGGGGGGAAGUGCGACACAACUACUGCCUCCUGCAUACUUUAACCAAAGACGUUAAGAUCUUUUUGCUCUGGAUACAACAAGACCAUCCGACACCGACUCGGUCACUGAGACUGGACAAUGCUUGGUUUAUGUGCAGAUAACUCCAACUCAGGGAGGGACCUAAACAACUGUGAUCUCGUAUUUCAAACUAGACUAACUAUAAUACAGUCCUGCGAUGUAUUUUACACGGUCCGCAUAUUUUUUGUUACUCAAUCAGAAGGUCAUGUAACAAACAAAGAUUUUUUUUCUUUUGCUGUAAAUACUGUUGAUCCCCUAAACAUGCACUUUAUUUUUAUUUGUAAAUAGUGUGUUUUGAUUUGUUAAUAUUAUUGUAUAAGCUGCCAUAUUCAGUCCUCCAUUAAAAGACAUUUGUCGAACCAGUGGUUCCCAGA